UAUCAUGCGCCAGCAACACGGUAAGACCCACUGAAAGAGGAACGCGGGCCAGAUUUGAUGUUUGAAAUAUAACAUAAAGCAGAAAUAGUCAAGAAAUUGUACAGAUUGGAUACAAGUCAAAUAUGAGUUUACAUUGCGGAGGUGACUCAGGAUUAUAGCUGCGUAUUUCCUUUUGGGGAUCUUGGACCGCUUGAAUUUAAGAUGAAGAGACGGGCACAAGCAUCAGACGAGCCUCUGAAGAAGAGGAAGGCUGUCCGUGAGGACUCCUCUGAUGAAGAUGAGGAGUCUUCUCAAAGAACCACCAGUCAGGACUCAAGUCAGAGUGAGUCUCUCAGCGAUGUUGAGGACCACAAACCCAGUUUCUCCAGGCCUUCUAAUUCCCAGAAUGCCGAGGGCAACGAUGCCUCUUCUGAAGCCUCUUCCAAAUUUUCUAUGUAUAACAGAGUCUCUCAGAAACUCAUGGCCAAAAUGGGUUUCAGAGAAGGCGAGGGUUUGGGAAAGUUCGGUCAAGGGCGGAAAGAGAUCGUAGAAACAUCGACCCAGCGUGGGAGGCGAGGUUUGGGUCUGACCCUGAAGGGCUUCCAGGGCGACCUCAAUGUAGACUGGCAAGAUGAGCCGGAGCCAAGUGCUUUAGAAUCAGUGACGUGGUUUCCAGAAAGUUCUCCAGAGAUCCCAGAUGCAGAUGAGCUGAAGGAUUGGAUGACUGUGGGCCAGGUAUUGCAGCACAUAUUACCUGAUGAACUGAAAUGUGAGGGUGGGAUUGAUGGCGAUGGUGACAUCAUGCGGCCAGAAAACAUCACUGCGUUCCGCAACUUUGUCUUAGACAGCACUGAAGGGCGGGGCCUGCACUUCUUAAUGGCAGAUGGGGGUUUUUCUGUGGAGGGCCAAGAGAACAUUCAGGAGAUUUUGAGUAAACAGCUCCUUCUAUGUCAGUUCCUCACUGCCAUGUCUGCCGUCAGACCAGGAGGCCAUUUUGUGUGUAAGACGUUUGACCUGUUCACACCGUUCAGCGUGGGCUUGAUUUAUUUGCUGUACCUCUGCUUCGAGAGGGUCUCGCUGUUCAAACCCGUCACCAGCCGGCCUGCCAAUUCAGAGAGAUAUGUGGUGUGCAAGAGUUUAAAGCCAGGCACCGAUGCUGUCAGAGAAUACAUGUUCACCAUCAACCUGAAACUGAAUCAAUUCAGACACUCAGACAGAGACGUUACUGAAGUCGUCCCUCUGGACAUCAUUAAAGGAGACACUGACUUCUUCCAAUUCAUGAUCAACUCCAAUGAAAGCCAUUGUGCAGUACAAAUCAAAGCGCUGGCUAAGAUCCACGCGUACGUCAGAGAUACGACACUGUUUGAGCCCAGGCAAGCAGAUAUCCGCAAAGAAUGUCUCAAACUGUGGGGGAUUCCUGAUAAAGCCAGAGUCACUCAUCCAACAUCAGAUCCGAAAGCAAAGUUCUCUGAGCUCGUGAAGGGCUCAGAUAUGGACAGUUUUAGUUCCCGACCAACUGCACUGAACUCAGGAAAUCUGGAUAAACUACAGCACGUACUGGACUACAGGUGCAUUGUGGGAGGAGGAGAACAGCUCUUUCUCCUGGGACUUGGGAGAUCUCAGAUCUACACGUGGGACGGCAAAGCCCCGUUACGCUGGAAGAAGCUGGAGAACUUCAAACUGGAGCUGCCCAGAGACACACUGUUGAGCGUAGAGAUCGUCCAGGAGCUGAAGGGAGAGGGAAAAGCCCAGAGAAGGAUCAACGCUGUGCACGUUCUCGAUGCUCUUGUUCUCAACGGCACUGAUGUCAGAGAUCAGCACUUCAACCAGAGAAUCCAGAUGGCGGAGAAGUUUGUGAAAGCUGUGUCCAAACCCAGCAGGCCAGACAUGAACCCCAUCCGUGUGAAGGAAGUCUAUAGGUUAGAGGAGAUGGAGAAGAUCUUUGUGAGGUUGGAAAUGAAGGUAACCAAGAGCUCGGGAGGGAUGCCAAGACUGUCAUACACGGGCAGAGAUGACCGUCACUUCCUCCCCAGUGGCCUUUACAUCAUCAAAACAGUUAACGACCCUUGGACAAUGGCGUUCAGCAAAAGUUCUAAAAGAAAGUUUUUCUACAAUAAACAGACCAAAGAAUCAACUUAUGCACUGCCGCCUGGUUCUGUUGCACCUUUCCAUGCAUGUCAUCAAGACAGGCUGUUUUGGGCUUGGGAGGAAGGCGUCCGAGUUCACGACUCCCAGACGCGGGUCAACCCCGACAAACUGUCUAAAGACGACGUGCUUUCCUUCAUCCAUCAGCACUGUCAACAAUGAAAACACGUGUACACAUUGCAAUCACACUAAGGAACAUAGCACAGACUGUACAUUGUCCUCGCCACCAGGGGGCACUGUAGCUUUCACGAGAGUUUGCUGAGAAACAUUUAAACUCUUCACACUUCAAGGCUUUCUCCAAAAUAGCCCCUGUGAGUUAGAGGACAGGGUGUCUUGGUGCUUGGUGGUGUGUAUCUGCGUGUCCGUUAUCUUCAGAGGAGAAAGAAACUUAGAUGACAUUGCUUUUCCCUUGUCCACAUGUUUUUCUCCUGAGCUUUAAAAUCUGCUUCCUCACAUGAAUUAUUCCCCCACUAAUCGAUCGGAUGUGUAGCUGCAGAUUCUAUUCAUCAGUGUAAACCAGAAGAUAACCAUGUAAAACAGCAUGACAGUGUGCAUUCGCUCUACUGUGUGCAUGUGUUGCCUUGUUUUUCUCAUUUUUAUUUAGUUUCUUUCAGUGUUUAAAAAUCUUAGACUGGGUAUUGCCAUUUCUGGUGAUUUUUGGAAGAGGAUUUGAAUUUUAAACCUGUUCGUGAUGUUGAUUAGAUUAAACCACUGAGGAAGUUUAUUCCUUGA